GAUGCGCGCGCCGGCCAGGUGCCGCGCGCUCACGGUAGCUUACGGAUGAUGCAGCGCGCGCACUUGCUUUUAUUCAGAGACGUGGAAAUAAGAGGAAAGGGGGAGAAAAGCAGCUGGUAAACCAUCUCUCUCUCUCUCACACACACACCAGCACACGGACACGCGCGCACACCAGCACACGGACACGCGCGCACACACAAAGCUAUCGGUCACACCCACCCGGACUCCCACAAAAAAAUUCUGAAAAUCUGUAAAAGAAAAUGGCUUCCGGAGGUUUAGGGGAGAGCACAGUCAUUCAGCUCGGCCUGAUCAAUGCAGAAGACAAGUAUCUGACCGCGGAGGCGUUCGGCUUCAAAGUGAACGCGUGCGCCACGUCCAUGCGUAAGAAGCAGGUGUGGACGCUGGAGCACGCGGACCAGGCGGGAGACUCCAGCUCGGUCCUCCUGCGCAGUCACCUGGGUCGCUACCUGUCCGCCGACAAGGACGGCAACGUGACGGCUGAGUGCGAGCGACCCUCCCCGGACUGCCGCUUCUGCGUGGUGGCGCACGCCGACGGCCGCUGGUCUCUGCGCUCCGAGGCGCACGGCCGCUACCUGGGAGGCGCCGAGGACCGCGUGCUGUGCUCCGCCACCGACGAGAAGUGGUGCGUGCACCUCGCCACGCACCCGCAGGUCAACCUGUACAGCGUGGCGCGCAAGCGUUACCUGCACGCGCACCCCGGGCGCGGCGAGCUCGCGGCGGACCGCGAUGCACCCUGGGGCGUGGGCUCCGUGCUCACCCUGGUGUACCGGGAGCGCCGCUACCACCUGCAGACCGCCGGCGGCCGCUUCCUCGCGAGCACCGGCGCGCUGGUUCCUGAGCCGCGGGACGACACCGGAUUCACGCUGGAGUUCCGCGCGGGCACGGUGGCGUUCCGGGACGCCGCGGGGAGAUACCUGGCGCCCUCCGGCCCGAGCGGCGCGGUCAAGGCGGGGAAAAGCGUCCGCGUGGGUAAAGACGAGGCGCUCGUGCUGGAGAGAAGCCGCGGGCAGGUCGCGCUCACCGCCAGCAACGACAGGAACGUGUCCAUGCGCCAGGGUGUAGAUCUAUCAGCCAAUCAGGAUGAAGAGUCGGAUCAGGAAGUCUUCCAGAUGGAGGUGGACCAGGAGACGAAGCGCUGUGCUUUCAGGGCCUGCAACGGGAAAUACUGGAGUCUCACUCCGAGUGGAGCGAUCCAGUGCACUGCGUCUGAAAAAUCAGACAGCUGCUUCUUUGAGUUGGAGUGGAAAGGAGCGAAGGUCACCCUCAAGGCCAGUAACGGCAAAUACUUAGCAGCUAAGAAGAACGGCCAGCUGGCAGCCUCCGUGGACUGUGCAGGUGAACAGGAGGAGUUUGUUUUGAAACUCAUUAAUAGGCCGUUAAUAGUUCUGCGUGGGGAAGACGGCUUCAUUGGUUGUCGUAAGCAAGGCACUGGAACUCUGGACUCCAACCGUUCUUCCUACGACGUCUUCCAGUUAGAGUAUAACAACAAUGCCUACUGUCUCCGAGACUCUACAGGGAAGUACUGGACGGUGGAGGCUGAUGGUGUUGUCGUGAGCAGCAGCGCCACUCCGGUCUACUUCCUGUUUGAGUUCUGUGAUUAUAACAGAGUGGCCAUUAAGACACAACAGGGCCUUUAUCUGAAGGGAGACCAUGCUGGGGUGCUGAAGGCUAAUGCACGGGGUAUUGCUAAUGCUACGCUGUGGGAGUACUAAAACACACACACACACACACACACACACACCUGACUGUGAAAGUGACUUACCCUACGUUCACACUAGCAAGUGACAGCCGACUAUUAAUUUUCUCCCUACGUGUGUGACAGAUUUCCACUUUAGUUCCUACCUGCAGUUAGUUCCUACUGCUUGAUGCUCAAACACAGGGAAAAAAAAACAUAGCUUCAUCUUAUCCUGAUCUCUCAGUAAAUGUUUGUAGAGAAAAUAAAGAAGAAAAAUAAAGCUUGGAAAGAAGUAGCAGAGUGCAUGUAGCGAGUACAGCUAGCUCGCUUUGCUAAUCUAAGCUAAGGGCGUUUUCACACCUGGCACGUUUGGAGCGUUUGUUUCGGAACCUGGUUUCCUUGGUUCGGUUCGUUUAGACAACAUUUAGACAUGAAUACGGCAAUCGCGCUCGGAUCCGCACCAAAACACUUGGUCCGAGACCACCUGAAAGCAGUCCGACCCAACGAACCAACCCGUAUAGCAAUGCAUGAUGGGAACUGCGUUAUGUAAAAAGCGUGUUUGUUUUGCCUAACGGCUCGCAACAUGAAUCAUGGUUUAACUUGGACCUAAGAUGAGGUAAAAUGCCUCACUGAAAUUUGGUCUAACGUUUUUUGGAACAACUUUCAAAAACGCAUAAAUACACUGAGGUUUACAAGGCGUUUAGCGAGCGUCUCAAGGAGAUGUGCUUUAAUCGCUCCGUGAAACAAUGCCAAACAAAGACUAAAAAACUCAGAAGCUAGUACAAGACUGAGCAUGUAAUGCAUUUAACAUGUUUAACUAGAUAGCUUUAGAUAUAGCUAUAUAUAGCUACUACCAUUUCUUAGCACAAGAAACGAAAAAAAAAUGCUAGACAGUCCACGCCCACAAAUGACAACAGUAGCGGUUGCUACACAAUCAUAAAAGACAAACUACAAGCAACACUUAUCGCCUGCUAGUGUGAACAUACGGUUACAGCCUUCUGGUGUCUUGUCAUGUCAAAUAUUUAAGAACAAAGGACAUUGAUAUACAUUUGUAGACGCUAUAAGUAUACAAAUAUGAUGCGUAAUAUGAAUACAAAGCACAAGCAACCAAAUUAGCACAGAUUUAAUCUCAUAAAAAAAGCACACUACACACAAAAGACGAACUGCACACUAAGAUAUUUCUGUAUAAAUAACUAGCGAGGGAAAAUCGUUCUUAUUAGCUACACGCUGUGUACACUAAAAGCUUAUUGAGCUUAUAUUGAACUAAAUCUCUCAUCGCUAUCUUUUAGAAGUUUGUAAAAUAGAAGCAGCAUGGAUCCUAGGGGUGUAACGCCACUGUGUCACUGUCUGUGUCAGUAUCUGUAUAUCGAUUCGGAUUUCAACCUGAAGUGGGCGUGGCCUAAACUGAAAGCGUUUUUAAAGAUGAAGCCUACAACUACGCCACUGGAAAACAAUGUAAGAACCCCAGAUGUAGAAAUGUGAGCAGUGUCAUCAUGGGUUGUGAACAGUUCCUCAACCUCAGCUACAUCAUUCGAGUUCUUCCUCAGUUCUUAUUCAGUUCCAUCCCUAACGGAUCCAUCAUCUCGGACAUACUUACCUACAAACUGGAAUAAUGCUUUAAUCAGUACCGGAUCAUCCGAUUGGCUGCCGCUGCAGAGAUUAACGCUAGCCUGACUUGUUGUAGAUGACAGUAAAAUGGUGUCUCUGGGCUGGAACACACUCGCUGCUCCUAAAUAAAAGUGUGUGGCGGUCUGGGAAAACAACUCGCAUCGUGAAAUGUUGAUAUUUUCUAAUGUAUAAAGUUCUGAAAAGUGUCCAAUCAGGACCGCCCCUUUCCGUUCUGAGUUCAGGUUGUUGUGUUUGUUGCGUUUUUGUUUUGUUUUCUGAUUUGCUGUUGUAUUUUUAGUUUGUUAAUACGCUUCACACUUACGAGCAACCAUUUCGUUUUUACUGUGUAAAAAUCAAAGCGUGACGUUCAACUGUAGGAGAAAAUCAUGCUUAGCUAGCGGGUAGCUAGUAAACAUGUAAAUAAAAACAUUUACGCACCAUUUUUGUGAAAUGUAUUUAUAGGUUGAGGAAAAAAAUCAUGACUAGUCUCAUCGCAUAUUUAUUCGCAGUAUUAAACUUAAAGACAUGGAUGAUAUUCCAGAAUAAACCCCAUCUGCCAUUCAGAUGUUUUCAAAAUCCAGGCGGAAUUACGUAAUUACGGAAAUACCGAUACGAAACGCAAACACAAUGCUUUAUGGGUAACAGGCAGAGAUCCUCAGCCACUAAGAACUGCACUUUAACUGUUAAAAGCCGUGGAUGAUGUGAGCGUAAAUCAGCAGCUUGUCCUUCAGAGACGAGGACUGUGUCCUGAACCAGAAACAUUUUUAGCGUCAGCGGCGGCUGGUGUAAUGAGGUCGUGUUUUAAAUAGCAGUGCUGAGACUUCGAAAGUUCUAGAAAACACUGCUGUUCACCUGCGCUUUCCUGAUGACACACAAACACACAAAUGCACACACAAACACACACACAAACACACAUACAAACAAACGCAGAUACAAAUGCACACACAAACACAAACAAACAUGCACAAACACACACACAAACAAAUGCAGAUACAAAUGCACACACACACAAACACACAAAAAACGCACACAAACGCAGUUACAAAAACACAAACACACAUAAAGGCACAAACACACACAAACGCACACAAACAUGCAAACACACACAAAUGCAGACAUAAACGCAGAUACAAAUGCACACACAAAGGCACAAACGCAGACACAAAUGCACACAAAAACACACAAAUGCACACACACAAAUGCACGCCUUCAUUUGUUUAACAGAUACGUGAGGCACAUGUAGCCUCCUAAAACAAACAUUCACCCUGAACGACUUGCAUAUCAAUUUUCUUUUUUAAUAAUCAACACGUGGAAAAGGUUUGUUUUAUGUGUAAUCAAAUUCUGAGUUGCUAUUUUUGGUUUAAAUUGCUUUCAUCGACUUGGUGGUGUAACGGUUCCCUACACUCCACACAGUGCUGCUCCGCUGGUGGGAUUUGGCCCUCGCUUCAGCUCUGGCUAAAGAGAGCGAUGCGGCGGCACUUUAGUGUUUUUGUUUGUCUGCUCAAACACACCAGCUUCAACUUUAACGCUAAUACCGCGCUCGUCAUCUCGUAAAUCGCUAACUAGCCAUCGUCUCUCCUACGCUGGAUGAUGCUCAAAGUUGUUGGAAAAUGGUGCUUGAAAAAAAGGUGUUUUCGGGAGCUAAAAGCGAAACAUGACUGUUAGAGAUUGCGGAAUUUUUUUCUAGUUUAUUCAACAUCAUUGUAAUUGCGCUAGCUAUGGCAAUAACAAUAACGAUGUGACAUCAUCACGACACACAACCAGCCGCUAACUUCUCACAGGAAUAACGAAAAAAAUCAGCACCAACCAAAACACAACUGAAAUUAGCAGCAGAAUCACAAAUAUUUCAAUAUUUCAAUAUAAACAUAUUUAAAGGGUUUCAUAAGUGUUUAAACUUUGAGUUCAUUUGCGCUGCUGUGUCUAAAAGCUUUAAUAAAAUCGUGUGAAUGUACGUGAGGAAAAGUGAUCGGUGCCUUUCUGAUGUGAGAAAGUAAUAUAGCAAUGCUCUUGGCUUUUCUGUCUUCAUGCACCAUUUGUAAAGUCAGAGACAAAUAAAGCUCGAGUCAAACUCAAAACUA